UCGAACGAAAUUCAGGGAAGUUGUUAACAGAAAUCCAAGAAGAAAAUAAUAAUAAUAUUUUAGUGCCUUACCGUUACCUUUAUUCUCUAAAAAUUAUGGAUUUCAACUCAGAACAGACUUUGAAGGAAGUAAAUGUUAGUCAGUUUACCGACACUUGGGAUUUAAGACGUGAUAAUUUAUGGCCACCUAAAAAAUGCAUGGAUAUUAAUUGUGCUUUUGGAUAUACAACAAGACACUUUCUCUUACCAGAACUUCAUCCGAACUCGACAUUAUUAGGUGUUGAUAGUUUGGAAAAAAUGAUCGAUCAUGCAAGAGCAAAAUAUAAAACUGACGAAAGAAUCGACUUUGAGACUUUUGAUAUUCAAACGAAAAAUUUGCCUCACAAUUAUAUCGCCCAAUAUGAUCACAUAUUCUCAUUUCCCACUCUGCAUUCUCGUAAUAAUAAUAUUGAGCAAUCAUUCGAAGCGAGUGAUUUGGCUGUUGUUACAAAAAUGGAAAAAAACAAAAAUUGGUAA